UCAAAUUUUUUAAUUGUGAACUUCACAAAAAACAGCCACAAAUCAAAUUUUUUAAUUGUGAACUUCACAAACUGAAAAAAUAUGAACGCGUCAUUCCGGUCGUUCCCUUCAUUCGUUCGUUCUUCGUGAUUCGUCUUGGACAUUUACGCUCACUCCCACUUCUAUUUGUUUGUUAAUAAAAAAUUGUGUUGUGCGUACCUAUUUAAAUUUACUGAUUUGCUCGUAUUCUACUGGUGUUGUGCAUAUAUAAUAUAUUACAUGGAAUAUAACAAUAUGUUAUAAAUGCUGUAUUAGAGACAAGGACUCCCACUUCUAUUCGUUUUUUGAUAAAAAAUUGUGCUGUGCGUACAUAUUUACAGUUACUGAUUUGUUCGUAUUCUACUGGUGUUGUGCAUAUAUAUAUAUUGUUUUUAUACGGCUGUGGUGUAAAUGCUGCUGUUUUGGUUGCAUUGAAAGUAGUAUAUUAAGGGAUACAGGAAUAGAAUUAAAAAUGCCGCCAAAAAGUCGCUUCUGGGAAUUUUUUGAAAAACUUGAAAAUAACGAAGCCAAAUGUCGGUCUUGCCACAAAUUCAUAAAAACUUGUGGCAACACUACAAAUUUAAAGUUACACAUUGAAAAAAUGCAUAGCUCAUUAUUAGGGAAACAUGGCAACGGCGAGAACACAGUUCAUAAAACAGGCGCAAAGAAAUUACGUAAGGAGACAUUCGUAAAACCUUUAAUGUCAACUGCUUCUACUUCUGCUAAGAGAAUUACACCUGACUCUGCCCUAUUUGACAACGGUUCAAUUGAUUCUGAUUGUAGUUGUAAUGCAAGUGACAUAAGUACAUCUCUUCGCAAAAAAAUAUUCCAGCCGACCCUAAAUGAGAGUUUUAGGAGCAUAUCUGAAUUUUCUGAAAAUGGAACUAAAGGCGUUCGACUUUCAAAUGCUAUCUUGUAUAUGAUUUGCAAAGAUUCACAGCCGUUCCAGAUUGUUGAAAAUGAAGGAUUUCUAAACUUAAUGAAAACAGCUACUCCUCUGUUUAAAGUCCCAUCCAGGCAUACUUUCAAGAGAAUGCUAGAGAAUCGAUAUGAAGUUACAAAGAAUCUUUUUAAAAAUAAAAUCAAAGGUGUACGUAAUAUAACGAUGACAACCGACAUAUGGACGGAUACUAUGCAGACUAAGAGUUUUCUUGGUGUCACUAUACACUUUCUUGACGAAGAUCGCAUGACAUCAGUGACUCUAGGAGUUUAUGAGUUAGACGAAUCGCAUACUGCUGAAUACAUUGGAAGAAUGCUGUUGCAGACAUGUCAUGAAUGGUGUAUAGAUCCAGAAAAAGUAUUCACUGUAGUAACGGAUGGAGGAGCAAAUGUUGUUAAAGCGGUAGAUGUCUCAUUUGGAAAAAAAAGCCAUAUUAUUUGUUUUGCUCACCUACUGAAUUUAGUAGCUCAAAAAUCGAUUGCAAAAACAAUACACUUACCAGAAUUAAUUGCAUCCGUUAAAAGGAUUGUCACCUGGUUCAAGCAUAGUGUAGCGGCGAGUGAUGAAUUACGAAAGAAUUCUGAUCUAAAAUUAAUACAAGAUGUCAGCACUCGCUGGAAUUCCACCUUUUAUAUGGUGGAAAGAUUUUUACAUCUGCGACCAACUAUUAAUCAAAUUGUUAAUUGCCAUACAAGUGCUCCUCCAAUGAUAACUGCAAAAGGUAUUGAAGAGUUAACUGAAAUCUUUGAAAUUUUACGCCCUAUAGAAGUUGCUACUAAAGAAAUAUGUGGAGAAGACUAUGUUACUAGCAGCAAAGUCAUUCCCAUAGUACGAAUGCUAAACUUAAAAAUGAAUAAUAUCAAAACAAACAGUUCUUUGGGUCAGCAUCUUAAGCAGAGCAUAAUAUCGGAAAUCAGUAAACGCUUGUUACCCUCUGAACAUGUUCAAAUACUUGCUGUAUCUACAUUGCUAGACCCAAGAUUUAAAAAUAUUCAUUUUCAAGAUCCCAUAGCAUGUUCGAAAGCAAUUAAAUGUGUCAAAGAAUUACUCAAUACUACGACGGAAACAGAAGUAAUUGAAGAAGUUAUUAGUUGUUCGCCAGAUACAACAGAAGAAUUUAAUUUGUGGAGCGAACAUUAUAAACUUGUAAAUGACAAAAACUCUACGCCUUUGUCUAGUGAUCACGAAAUACCUUCAGACCGGACAGGAAAUUCAGGUCAAUAUACAAAUCAAUAUCGUAAUAAUAAUACUAAUAACGGCUAUGGUAAUUCAACAAGACAAAAUAUACUGAACGGCACUCGGCAAACAAGACGUUCAAAUGAUCCAACACCCAUGGAUGCUGAUGCUAUGAUUGUAUUUUUUUUAGUAACUAUAACAUUGGUGGCAGCACUCUUACAAGUGACACCAGUAGUUGAAGAAGCAGGAUACACCAUAAUCCAACUCGACGAAGUAAAUACGAUACUACAGAUUAUACACCCGAAAGAGCUAACAAGUUUGGUGGAGGAAAUGGAAGAAAACAUAAAAAAAGCAGACCUAAGUAACAAGGAUGGAGGAUGGAGUCAUAUGUAG